UGCAGGCUCCGGUCCCGGCUGCGAGCGCCAGAUCCUCCCCCAGCGUCGCCGCUCCCCGGGCUCCAGGGGCAGAGGCGGAGGCAUGCCCAGGCGGAGCAUCGCGGAGGUGAAGGUGCUGGACGUGCAGAAGCGGCGCAUUCCCAACAAGCACUAUGUGUACAUCAUCAAAGUCACUUGGUCCAAUGGGUCCACAGAAGUCAUCUACCGACGGUACAGCAAGUUCUUUGACCUGCAGAUGCAAAUGCUGGACAAGUUUCCAAUGGAAGGAGGGCAGAAGGACCCCAAGCAAAGGAUCAUUCCCUUUCUACCAGGGAAGAUCCUCUUCCGACGGAGCCACAUCCGUGAUGUUGCGGUCAAGCGGCUGAUACCUAUCGAUGAGUACUGCAAGGCUCUGAUCCAGCUGCCUCCCUACAUCUCCCAGUGUGAGGAGGUUCUCCAGUUCUUUGAGACACGACCUGAUGACUUGACACCCCCCAAAGAGGAGCCCAUUGGAAAGAAGAGGUCUGGAGCUGACAACGCGUCGGUCGACCCCUUGGUGCUGGAACAGUACGUGGUGGUGGCAGAGUACCAGAAGCAGGAGAGCUCUGAGAUCAGCUUGUGCGUGGGCCAGUUGGUGGAUAUCAUUGAGAAGAAUGAAUCAGGCUGGUGGUUUGUGAGCACAUCAGAGGAGCAAGGCUGGGUGCCAGCAACCUGCCUGGAGGCCCAGGAUGGUGUCCAGGAUGAGUUUGCAUUGCAACCCGAUGAAGAGGAGAAGUACACUGUUAUUUACCCGUAUACUGCAAGAGACCAGGAUGAAAUGAACCUGGUCAAAGGGGCUGUGGUGGUGGUGAUCCAGAAGAACUUGGAGGGCUGGUGGAAAAUCAGGUACCAGGGCCAGGAAGGCUGGGCCCCUGCCUCCUACCUGAGAAAGGGGAAUGGAGAGAUGUUCUCACAGAAGCUGGGCUCAGGCUCCUCCACUCAUUCCUGUGCCUUGGAUCUGGAUGGCCUCUCCAGGCAGCAGGUCAUGGUGGGCAGAGAGAAGGAGGGGCUGGUUGGCCAAAGGGAUGGGAGAUUCGACAGCCGCCCCCUGCCCGGUGCUGACAUCCGACGCAAGUCACCAAAGAUGAGGCAGAGGCCCCCUCCUCGCCGAGAUCUCACCAUACCACGUGGUUUGAACUUGCCUAAACCUCCAGUUCCCCCUCAAGUGGAAGAGGAAUAUUACACCAUUGCUGACUUCCAAACCACCAUCCCUGAUGGCAUCAGCUUCCAGGCAGGAAUGAAAGUAGAGGUUAUUGAGAAGAAUCUGAGCGGCUGGUGGUACAUUCAGAUUGAGGAGAAAGAAGGCUGGGCCCCUGCCACGUUCAUCGAUAAGUACAAGAAAACCAGUAAUGCAUCCAGGCCGAAUUUCCUGGCUCCUCUGCCCAACGAGAUGGCCCAGCUCCGGCUCGGCGAUGCCACAUCAGACGGCGGUGCCGGUGAGGAAUUGACGGGACCGUGCCGGCCUCUGCCAGAGGCUCCCCCUAACGGUACCGACUGUGCUGUGAAGUGGGCCAAGGACUGGAAGGGGAAGGAGGCUCCUGAGGGGGGGGACCCAGCUUUUGCUGGCGGCUAUGAGGAGAUCUCAGACCGUGACAUGGAGGAGAAACCCAGCCUGCCGCCCAGGAAGGAGUCCAUCAUCAAAUCCGAAGGGGAGUUACUGGAAAGACAAAGGCCUCCCCCCAAACCCCCAGGCAUGAUUUUGCCCAUGAUCCCACCCAAGCAGUCAGCAGCCCUGAGGGACAACAAGAAGCCUGAGGUGAAACCAGAGAAGGGCAAACUCUUCCAGCUGAAAAACGAAAUGGGACUGGAAUGUGGGCACAAGGUGUCAGCCAAAGAAGUGAAGAAGCCAAACCUCCGGCCCAUUGUCAAGCCAACUAAGCCAAAAGCUGAGCCCAUGGAGGACAAGCCUGAGCCCAUCACCCAAAAUCCAUUCUUGAAGUCAAGACCUCAAAUCAGGCCCAAACCUGCUGCAGCCCCCCGGACUGACCCACCUCCAGCUGAUGACAAAUUGGACAUUUGCAGCCUGAGGAGCAAGCUUAGGCCUGCAAAAUGCCCAGAGAAACCCUCUGAGCAGGACACCACUGCUGGUGAAAGCUCCUUCACCAAUGCCAUGGUCACUUCAGAGGCUUCUGGAAGGUUUCAGGAGCGACCAAGUUUGGAGAGCAAACCCCUGCCCAAGCUGGAUAGCCACACGGCAAAAGAGGCACUGCCCAAAUCUCCUCUGUGCCCAGCAAACACCCCAGGUGCCAGGGACCCCCCGCCACAGCGCCCUGUUGUGCCACCCCGCAGACCACCCCCCCCCAAAGAAAACGGGUGCCCUGCCUCUGGCCCUGCAGCAGAGCUCAGAGCCCCAGCACGGGAAGCACCUGAACUCAGGUCAUCCCCAGUGCCAGGGAGGCCUAUGCUGGUUCCUCCAAAAGCCAAGCCCUUCCUCUCUGCCUCCCUCCAAGAUGAAGCCAAAGUGAAAAGCAGCAUAAGCCCAAAGGUGAUAUCCAAGCCAGUGGAGAGGGGAGAAGCCAAGGAGAGGACCUCAGCCUCCAUCUCCAAUCCAGACAUCUCCAGGGAAGUUCUUUAUGUGGCAGUGGCAGAUUUUGAAGGCGACGAGGAGACCAACAGCUUUAAAGAAGGGACUUUGUUUGAAGUUCGUGAGAAGAACAGCAGUGGCUGGUGGUUUUGCAAGGUCCUGACUGGAGGGCCAUGCUGGGAGGGCUGGAUCCCUUCCAAUUACCUACGGAAGAAGCCAUAGCUGCUCCUCUGCUUACACAGCUGGAAGUUCCCUGGUCUCUCACCUGAGUAUUUAAUUAGCAGAUUAAUUUAUAGUGUUCCAUGAGGCUGGCUUUAAAAAAAAAAAUGGUGAUAAUUGAGAUCUCACACAUCCCAGCUGGUGCCCAUUGGUGCAGCACCAAGGAAGCAGCUUGGCCUCCCCUCCCCACCUGUGUGCUCUCCCCACCCACCUCCCCAAUAUUUUCUCCAGCCCUUUCUGACCAAGCUUCAUAGCAUACAACAGCUGCCAUGGUUCUCUGUGCUGGGGAGAUGGACCUUGGUAGGCAUUUUUGCCACCUCUAUGGGGUAUUAAAAAGAAAUUCCCCAGGCUGUAGCCAGGGAGAGAAGUGAAGCAAGGAAUGGUACCAACGAAGGAAAAAUGUCCACACAAAAGGAUUUGGUCUUCGCUGAGGUCCAGGGGCCACAGCCAAAUGUUGUAGGUCAUGUUGCAUACAUUCAUUAGGAAUACAUACAUUCCAUAGGAAUGAAGCAAACUGGAGGACUGAUUGCUGGGAACAGGAUCCCUGUAGCUCUGUGUGCACAUGCAGACACAGGCACUGCACUUCAUUUGAGGGCUGUGCCUUGCUCCCACCCCACACAAGCCACGGGACCUUCCCUUGGUCCUUCCCUGCUCCACAAUGACAAGUGUUAACUUUAACAUCCUCCUGGUGGGGAAAAAAAAAAAAAAAGGAAAAAUACACCGACGGGCACAAACACACAUAUAUAACACAGGACCUCUCUGUGCUGACCCAGGAUGCUCUGCAGGCUUCUUCCUUGCAGUCUUGCAAGCAGACAACAAGAGGCGUUUUGCUUCGGUAGCUGAAGAACACUAUGCAAGGUACAGAGGAUGAAAACGACCUGAAAAGCCCUGGAAAGGGGACACUUUGCUUUCCUUCCCCCACGGACUGUCCUGCCUGUUGGACUAAUAGGGGACCAGCCGUUCCCAUGACCCACAGAAUUUCCCCGGGCUGGCAGGCAGCAGCCAGGAGGUGGGUCCUUCAGUAGGUGCUGAUAUUAUCAAGUGCAAUGCAGAAUGUGGGAGUUCAGCUCCUCAUCACAACCAAUUGCAAGGUGUGUCUGGUGCUCAGGGGCUCCCUGCCUUGUUUGUCACCCCAUCUGCCUGUCUUCCAGGUACUUUGAUUUUACCCCUGUGGGGUGGGCUGUUUGGGGGGCUUCAGGUCAAGCAGAGCCUGAGGUUUUUCUGUGCUGAUGCUCCUGCCUGCUGAGCCUAAUCUUGCCCACAGUGUUGAUAAUCCCAGCAGAAGGAUGAGCACGGAUGAGCUGUUGUUCCCCUGUGCUGCUUUCUUCCCUUCUGUACUUGGCUACUUGCAGAUUCAGGGCCACAAUUUCUCUCUCUGGAAGAGCAUUAAACCAAUGCUUCUGUGGGUUUCUUGUUGACC